UGUGAUAAGGCGCUGUGUAAGGAUUAUUAUUAUUUCUAUCAUAUAUAUGUCCUAAUGGGCACUGGCCUGGGGCUUGGGGAAAAUGUUAAUGUUCAUUGUUCCAUUUAUUCUUCACAGACUUAUAUCUUCACCGAUGGCGAAGACGAGGAACUAAAGAAAAGGACAGGCGGUCGCAUGGUCAACACCAACUGCUCGGCCGCUCACAGCCGCCAGGCCCUCUCCUGCAAGAUGGCCGUGGAGUACGACAAGUUCAUCGAGUCUGGAAAGAAGUGGUUCUGCCACGUGGACGACGACAAUUACGUGAAUGCGCGCACCCUGGUGAAGUUACUGUCUCAGUACCCUCAUGCACAGGACAUCUACAUCGGCAAACCCAGCCUCGAUCGCCCUAUCGAGGCCACUGAGAGGAUCAGCGAAAAUAAAGUGCGUCCAGUGCAUUUCUGGUUUGCGACCGGUGGAGCUGGCUUCUGCAUCAGCCGAGGAUUGGCUUUGAAGAUGAGCCCGUGGGCAAGCGGAGGGCACUUCAUGAACACGGCAGAGAAAAUCCGUCUCCCGGACGACUGCACGAUCGGGUACAUCAUCGAGGCAGUUUUGGGAGUGAAGUUGAUCCGGAGUAACCUGUUCCAUUCGCAUUUGGAGAACCUCCAGCAAGUACUGAGAUCUGACAUUGCUAACCAGGUCACGCUGAGCUACGGGACGUUUGAAAACAAAAGGAACGCCAUUAACAUGAAAGGCGGCUUCUCUGUGGAGGAGGAUCCAUCUCGGUUUCGUUCAAUCCAUUGUCUCCUCUACCCCGAUACCCCAUGGUGUCCCAGCAACUUCACUUAUUAACCUCUAACCUCUUCCCAUGUAACCCUGGUACCUGAAGGGAGGGGAGGGUGGGGACCACUGUGUGUGUCUGGCUGUGAAGCUCUUAUGUAGCUGCUUUAAUGCAUAUUGUUGGGCUGCAGGGGCUGCUGUGCGGCCUGGUUGUAUGGCUACGUCCUUUGUGUUGCUCUCCUGUGUGGAGUCUUGUACAGAUCAGAGCCAUGCUUUGAAUCCCGAGCAGAACAGGGAGCGAGCGAGCGAAGGGGCAAAGACAGAUGGACUUUGUCGCAAGGAUGAGCGCUGGUGUGCGUCAUUAUUUCGCCCCACCCACACCACCCACACCAAGUGUGAAAUUGAAAAUGUUGCUGAAUUGUCAGCGCUGUUUGUACAAUGUCAACAAACCCUCCUCGGGCCAGCUUCGGACACUCGCUCUUACCACUGCUCUCCCUGACGAACGUUUUCAUCGCACAUUAGGAGAAUUGCCAGUAGAUUCAUUCUGGAUGGGAAUCCUGGGUUAAGUUGGAAUACCAGGCACUGCGAUGCUAAACUUCGAAGCGUCAAUUUUUAAAAAAAGAAAGAAAACUGAAGCUAAAAUAGGACUCGGAACCCAUUUCUGAAAUGACCAAUUUGGUUUCAUUUCUCAAGCAAAUUUAGAACCAACAACAAAUGACAUUUACGUCGGGAGGACUUCCCAAGGCAAUGGAGAGUCGGACAGGGAUCAGGAGGGUUGAAGGGCAGGGAGGGAACGUUUAGAGCUGCCUCCUACCAUUUCUGGCGAGGACUUGUUUAUCACGAACACUCAUUGUACUGUACACGCUGUCGUUUGGAUCACUGGGACAGUUUGUGUUUGACGCUGGCACCUGGAGACACCUCGACACAGCCUCCGAUUGUUACUGAGGCCUAUCUGUCUGUUUGUCUGCGUGCGUGCGUGUAUGUUUGAAGCACUUUCCUUCCUCCUGUUGAAAAAGAAUUCAACGACUUAUAAAAUGAUGCAGAAAGGAGCCGGUUGACUGUUGAGACACUCAGCGCUGGAUUGAAUCUGGAGCAUGUGCUGCACUGUUAAUGGAAGCCGGAGCGAAAAUAUUCUUACAGAUUUUUUUUUUGCUGCUGCUCAUUGUUUUAUUUUCUUGUUUGACGAAGACACAAUAUUUUCACAGCAGGGUUGGAAUCUAAAUCCCGCUUCUCUGCCCAGUUAGCUGGCUGGAAAGCAAUUUUGUACGUGCGAGGGCAGUAGUUUAGCUCUGUGCUCAUUUACACCAUUGAUGCUGAUGUUGGCAACACUGUAAAAGUACACACGGCAUCAGUAGAGACUGCCUCGUCUUAAGUCUAACCCUGUCCUAACCAAAGUCCCGAUAUCCGUUCUUUCCAGUAGUGUUGUAACUACCACCUCAAGCACCGAGGCCAUCUCUUACCACCUGCCCCCCACCCCGUACCCGAGGUGAGAUUCCCAGCGCAGAGGAGAACCUUCCUGGGUCAUUUCCACUGAGCCAUCGAGGUUACCUUUUUAACCAUUUCUCCCACGACUUCCUUCAAAUGUGUAAGUUGCUGGCGCACCCCGUUAACCGUUUACCAGCCUUCUUAUGUUCCCCUCCCCUUCCUCUCGACCAGUCUUUGCAGACCUGUAGGUGACAACGCAUCUUCCUUUCUGCUGGAUUUGGGGAGUAAGAGGGGAAGAAAGGAGCUAAAGGUUGUCUUAUCAUAUGUGUAGCACUUGGAGCAGCAUGUGUGAACCAUGCUGUGGUCUGUAAUAGUAACCCAUACUGGGUUAUCGUGUACAUAUUUAUCCAGACAGUAAUUACUGUGGUUUUUUUGCAACGCUGUAUAUUUGAAAAUGGAUGUUUGAUAUUCAGAAAUCUUUCUGAUGAUCUGUAAAAACGUGAUGUUUAAACUCGUAGACUUGAUACCUUCUGCUAUUUAUAUUCCAGCAUCUGGAAACAAUUAAGAUAUUGUACAUAGUGCUGUAAAUAGUCACUGAUACUCAGGGAGAAAACCUGAAACUGUUAAUAUGGGAACCUUAUGGGGACCCAUCAUCCUUUCCUUUCUAAUAAAGGACUUAUUGCUUAUUAAAAAAAA